AUGCCCACCACUCGCCAGAAAAGAAAAGACGAUGAUCCCCUUCUACCUGGUCUCCCUGAAACAAAGCGACCUAGGAGUGAUAAGGGCGCUGGUUCUACCUCCGGCCGUAAGCCCGCUGCACAAAAAGGGAAAAAGAAGAAGCAAGAUUCAGAACCGCCUUAUGUUGCACUUGCAAACGACAUCCUCAGGCGCGGGGAUGCACUACUCCUUCCUGGACCCCCUGCAAAACUUGGUCAAAUCAACGAGAUUCCACCAGUAUGGGGACCUCGUGAUGAGCCAAUAACCGAUCCUACCAACCUGCCUAAAGGAUGGACUGCAAGCGAACUAGAUCUAGAUGACGAUGAUGUCGACGGCCAAAUUGCGAGAUGUCUCAGACGCAUCGACGAAAAAAUCUUGCCUGACAUUUUCGAGAACAGAUUGAAAAUGUACCAACAGAUCAAGCAGAAGCAGAUAGACAUGAUCAACUCCGAGCCUGACGGUCUUAGCUGGGAAGUCGUUCAGCGCCUCGAUUCUCUGAAGAGGGUCCAAAAGAGUUUCGACGAGUUGGGAAAUGACAGUGGAAAUAUCCCCAACGUGAAAGCCAUCAUGGCUGCCUACCGUUCGGGGGACCUUGUCUGGGAUGCAAAUUCAGUCACUUACUGGGCACACGGGAAAUUGAUUGGUGGUCCGAGGAAAAAUGAUGUGGAUGAAUUUCUCGCGUUUAGUAAGGAGCAUGGCCCACAUGGUGUUUGGGUAGAAGGAAUCGGCAACUACAAACCGGAACCGAUGAACCUGUUCCUCACUUUGCGGCCGAUUCUUUAUGGGCACGCCAUGCAUCAAUUUACAGUAGCGAUCCGGAAUCCCACUACUUGGAAUAUAAACACCCGGGAACAUACCAUGUUCCUCACAGUUAUGGAGGAUAGUGGUGCUUCGGCAAUGAAGAUAUUCCAAGAAGAUCGGCUCUCCCUUGAACGCAUGAGCGGUGCCCCCUACCUAUCUCUGGUAUGA